AAGACUUUCUUCCAAGCCGGGAGCCCUUGGCCACAGCGUUGUACCUCCGGUGCAAGUUGGCGGCUGAGCCUGUGGGCCGAGGGGAGCCAUGAGUGAGAUGCCUAUCCCUAAACUGGGUCUGGGCACCUGGAAGGCCUCUCCAGGAGAAGUGGCUGAUGCGGUGAAGGUGGCUAUCUGCCUGGGGUACCGGCACUUUGAUUGUGCUUAUUUAUACCACAAUGAGAAUGAGGUUGGAAUGGGAAUCCACUCCAUGAUCCAGGAGGGUGUGGUGACAAGAGCUGAGCUCUUCAUUGUCAGUAAGCUGUGGUGCACAUACCACAAGAAGUCUUUGGUGAAAACAGCAUGCACCAAUACCCUGAAGGCCUUAAACUUGGAUUACCUGGACCUCUACCUCAUACACUGGCCCAUGGGCUUCAAGCCCGGAGGAAAAGACUUACCUCUUGAUAGUAAUGGCAAGGUCAUACCCAGUAACACCAGCUUUCUGGACACUUGGGAGGCCAUGGAAGACCUGGUGAUUGAGGGUCUGGUAAAGCAUAUCGGAGUGUCAAACUUUAACCAUGAACAGCUUGAGAGACUUUUGAAUAAGCCUGGUUUGAGAGUCAAGCCAAUAACUAACCAGAUUGAAUGUCAUCCAUAUCUUAAUCAGAAGAAUCUGAUUGCUUUCUGCCUUGAAAAUAAUGUGUCUGUGACUGCUUAUCGUCCUCUUGGUGGCUCAAGUAAAGGGGUUGACUUGAUGGAUCACCCUGUCAUUCAGAAGAUAGCAAAGAAGCACGGGAAGUCUUGUGCUCAGAUUUUGAUCCGAUUUCUGAUCCAAAGGAACCUGAUAGUGAUUCCCAAAUCUGUCACCCCAAGUCGGAUUAGAGAGAAUAUCCAGGUAUUUGAUUUUGAAUUAACAGAGAAAGACAUGGAGGAACUAUUCAGCCUGAACAAGAAUUUCCGCUUGGUCACAUUCCCCACAACAGAAAAUCACAAGGACUAUCCUUUCCACAUAGAGUACUGAAGAAAGCUUUCCUGGUCAUCAUUUCUGCUCAGCAGAAACAGGUCAACAAGGUUGGCAGCACUGAUCCACCUCUGCAAGAAUGACAACAAGAGUCAGAACAAAGACAAUCCUGCCUAGAAUAGAGGACCAGUUCUCAGAAAAACAAAGAUCUAGGGAUUAGAAAAAGUACCUGAAGUGCUAUGGCCACUACCAAGUUAUUAGGGAUAGCCAAGUACAGAGAACACUGUAAUUUAUUAUGGUUAGUUCUUGUGGCUUCUAUUCUCUGAGAUACUGAUGGCUCAUGAAUUAAAAUUAUCUUCAUGUCUAAAGAAAACCUGCUUGACAGAAGUGACUUAACAACAUGUAAGAUUUGACAAGCUAGGAUAAUUAAUAUCCAUGAGUGGCUUCAGUAAUGACUAGUCUAAAUCCAAUUCUCUUCUACCCCCACUACCCUCUGUCCUCCCAGAAUUUUCUAGAUGAUUUUGAAGCAAAAUCUACCUGCACUUAAGACAGAUGGCUAAUCUGAGGCUCUGUAUCAGAAAACAUGCUAUUUAUGUUUUUCUUAUUUAAAAACUUUUAAGAGUCAGUAUGUGUGUGUGGUGUUUGAACAUGCACGCCUCUUCACGUACGUUUGCAGGUGAACCUGUGUGUGCAAGCAUAUGGAGUGGUCACUUCUCUCACAGUCUCACCUCCAAAAAGAAGUGAAGAAAUCACCUUGGUCUGGUUCCCAAAAAAAGGAUUGGCUGCAGAAAGUCCUUUACUUCUGCUGCAAGAACCUCAUGUGAAUCACAUCAGAGCAGUGUGGGUGAAAAAUGGCGUUGGAUGUGCUGGCAGUCAGACUAUCGACAAAGGCCCCUGCUACCACCUGCCUUAGAUUCUCGAAGAAUCUAAUCUAGACAUAUCUAACCAUAAUACUUUGCAUAUCUCUGAUGACUUAUACAGAAACCACUGUCAAUUCGGAAAGUUUCUCUUGAUCAAAAUUCACAUUAGGGUGAUUCUUUGACUUGUGAGCUGUAUGGAUUUGAUGAGGGCAGAGAUUACUGCUCCCCAUCCAGCAGCUGCAAGGGUAAUCAGGAUGGAAUUUUACAUUAGUGACGGUCCAGAACUUGUUCCUGUCUGUAUCAUAAGAAUAUAAAAUCUUUGCCGUUCUUUCCUAACCAACCCUUGGCCAGAUGAAAGAAGACGUGGGAGUCCGAGGCCCUCAUCUAAAGACACUGACAAUCCCUUGAGAACAUGCUUUUAAACUAACUAUAUUUCAACAAGCAUACCUAAAUAUUAAAUUCAGGCCAUAGGCAUGUUCUACCCAACCUCCCUAUUUGCUAAGGAAGCAUGUGGUGUUAUCUGUCAAAACACAGAGAAUCUAAAAUUUGAUGGCGCUAUAGAAACAAUGUUUUUCAAUUGAUUUUGAAUAGCAAAUUGUAAGUCUCUUCUUUCCUCUUGUGAGAGGAGAAAUGGUCAUUUUUCUUUGGGGUCAGUCUUCAUUCUUGAGUAUCCCACUCCUAUAUGCACCUCAGCCCAUCCUUAUGAACCCUCAAGAAAGAUACUGUUUUUACAAAAGCACAGUUUCCUCACUUUAACAGAAAAGAUUGAUGUCUACCAGGAUAUCCAGCAGUUCAAAAGGAGAGCUAAACUAGAGACUCAGGCUCAUGAUCCUGCCCACUGGACUGGAAUUGCUCUCACUAGCAAAACUGCAUUUUGUCCAUAGUUUCAGAUUAUUAGCUGUAGAUUCAUGGGAUAUAAGCUUUUCUAGUUAGUUUAACUUGUGUCAACUUGACACAACCUAGAAUCACCUGGAAUCUUAAUGAAUUAUAUAUAGAUCAGGGGAGCCUGUGGACAUUCUUGUGGCAGAUUGUCUUUACUGUCAAUUGAUAAGAGGAUGACAUAGCCCUUUGGGGGUGGUGCCACCCCUUAGGCACAGGGUCCUGAAUACUAUCUGAGAAGACAAAGCUAACUGAGAAUAAACAAGCAAAGAUCCAUGUGUUUAUUUUCUUUCUGCUUUUGACAGGAUAUGGUGUAACUUACUGCUUAAACUUCUGCUUUGACUUCCCCUCAAUGAUGCAUUGUAACCUGGAAUUGCAACAUAAAUAAACCCUUCUCUAAGUUG